ACCCCCGGUACCAAAAGCCCCCUAAACGCACAAGUUCUUUUCUUUUUGUUUCCUCUGGGAGAAAAACCCGAGUGGGUAGCUCAGCAGUGCAGUGCCUGCCUCGCAAGCGUGAGGUCCCAUAUUCCUGGCACCGAAAAAGGAAAAGGAGAGAGAGAGAACAAACAGGAGAAUGAGGGGUGCUUUGUUUUGGAACUUUCCAGUUCUGUGGGGGAAAAUUAGCAUGAGGCUGGUUGCCUGACCUGCAGCACCGCUUUAUGCGCAUGAGUAAUUAUUAUUUUUGCUAUUAUUUCUCUUUGUCUCCCUGGACGACUAAAAAGGCGCUGCGUAAGCAGUAAACCCCGGGAUAAGGUCUAUAACGUGGUCCAAAGAACAGAUUUUCAGUCCCGGGGGUUGAAGGUAAACUCCGGAAAGCAGAGCCACAUUGAGCUGUUGCCACAGCAUGCGAGAACCGAAGGACCUCCGUGGGUCACCUCGGGACUGGAGGCCAAGGAAACGCAGCGUUGGAUGCUGGGGCGGGGCAUCAAGGCCAGACUUGGUUCCUUAAACUUUGACUUGAGUCUAAGUGCUGGCGAAGGAGCACUCGAUCCCAAAAUACCGGGGCUUGGAGUUGUGCAGAUGGCGCUCCGCUGGGGCAUCGUGUCCGUCGGCCUCAUCUCCAGCGACUUCACCACUGUGCCGGGCCCGCUGCCCCGCUCCGACCACCAGUCUGAUCCCGGCGUCCUCCGGGUGGUGGCGGUAGCGGCCCGCGAGCUGAGCCGGGCGCAGGGGUUUGCGCGGAAACACGGCGUCCCCAAGGCGUACGGCUCCCCUGAGGAGCUGGCCAAGGGCCCGAAUGUGGAAGUGGCCUAUAUUGGCACUCAGCACCCUCAGCACAAGGCUUCGGUGCUGAUGUCUCUGGCAGUAGGCAAGGCUGUCCUGUGUGAGAAGCCCAUGGGUAUGAACGCUCCAGAAGUUCGCAAGAUGGUCUCAGAGGCCCAAACCCAAGGUCUCUUCCUUAUGGAGAAAGUUUUCUUUGUCCCUGUUGCCUUCCAUGGUGCUGGUUUCAUAGUUGAAGACACUGUUAAGGGCAGCUGUGACAUGGAGCCAAACAGCCCAAGUGACCUCAGGCAGGGAACAGAGUGGGUAGCAGUGGACCAGAAGCCAGGUCCUAAGUCAAGAGCAACCAGCGACACCUACGCCUUGGUUCUCCGUGUCUUCAAUGACAGAUUUCUAAGAAGAUUUGUGAGCUUGGAAUAG